UUGGAAGAAGUUGCGACGCCUCUCCUCUGAGAAAAGUGCCUUUUCUUUCUGUGAAAACGCUGCAGGAUCCCAGUCUCUGGGAGGAAUUGGCUCGCGGCAAAGCAAGCAACCUGUGGACUUGGGAUCUGAGUGGCGCAUCGAGGAGGGAAGCUGGUAGGCACGCACUCCGGUGCCCGAUCCGGUGGCACCUCUUCGCAGUCUUCAGACGCAAGUCCCACAUUCUGGCUCAUCUUGGAGGGGUCUGGACGUCCUCCUCGUAAAGGUUGGAAACUGUAAACCUGCCCUUUGGCCCCCACGCCUUUCUACCCCUCCCCCUUGAUUCCGGCCCUUAUUGACAAGGCAGUGACUAUUGGCUGAAGUUCCCCUGCGAUUUGCAUGAACGGAGAGGGAGUGUUUUCUGGCGCCCUCCCUUCAGGAGCGCGCUGACUGCAGCCGCCCUGGGAAUGCGCGGCCGAGGGAAUGCGCGCAGCUCGCCGGCCCUGGCAGUGAGCUGGCGUCCGGCGAUCUGGCACCUGCGCCUGGAUAUGGGGAGUCUACGUCGUGCCAGGAGCAGCACCAGCCACAAGAACCUGCCGCAUGUGCUUCUGUUUGUCCUCUUCGUGGGACCCUUCCACUGCCUCGCGAGUUACAGCCGGGCCACCGAGCUUCUGUACAGCCUCAACGAGGGACUUCCCGCGGGGGUGCUAAUCGGCAGCCUGGCCGAGGACCUGAGGCUAACGCCUCGAACCGCGGGGAGACAGAACCAGCAGGCGCAGUCCCCAGAGCGUGCUGGAGCUGAAUGGAACCCCCCUCUGUCUUUCAGCCUGGCUUCUGGGAGACUGAGUGGUCAGUACGUGACCCUAGACAACCGUUCUGGAGAGCUGCACACUUCUACACGGGAGAUCGACCGAGAGGCCCUGUGUCUUGAAGGGGGUGGAGGGGCUGCUUGGAGCAGCAGCAUUUCUAUUUCCUCCUCUCCUUCCUCGGACUCUUGCCUUUUGCUUCUGGAUGUUCUGGUCCUGCCUCAGGAGUAUUUUAGGUUUGUGAAGGUAAAAAUUGCCAUCAGGGACAUCAAUGACAAUGCUCCACAGUUCCCUGUUUCCCAAAUCUCAGUCUGGGUCCCAGAAAAUGCACCUGUGAAUACCAGAAUGGCCAUAGAACACCCUGCUGUGGACCCUGAUAUAGGCACUAAUGGGGUGCAGACAUAUCGCUUACUGGACUACCAUGGCAUGUUCACCUUGGAUGUGGAGGAGAAUGAGAACGGAGAGCGCACCCCCUACCUAAUUGUCAUGGGUGCAUUGGACAGGGAAACACAAGACCAGUAUGUCAGCAUCAUCAUAGCAGAGGAUGGUGGGUCUCCUCCACUGUCGGGCAGUGCCACCCUCACCAUUGGCAUAAGUGACAUUAAUGACAAUUGUCCUCUUUUCAUAGACUCACAGAUCAAUGUGACUGUGUAUGGAAAUGCUACCGUGGGCACUCCAAUUGCAGCUGUCCGAGCUGUGGAUAGAGACGUGGGAACCAAUGCUCUAAUCACCUACACUUACAGCCAGAAAGUUCCGCAAGCAUCCAAGGAUUUAUUCCACCUGGAUGAAACUACUGGAGCCAUUAAACUCUUCAAUAAAAUUGGAGGAAAUGUUCUACAAACACACAAGCUCACUAUCCUUGCUAAUGGACCAGGCUGCAUCCCUGCUGUGAUUACUGCUCUGGUGUCCAUUAUCAAAGUCAUUUUCAGGCCUCCUGAAAUAGUCCCACGUUAUAUAGCAAAUGAGAUAGAUGGUGUUGUUUAUCUGAAAGAACUGGAACCUGUUAACACUCCAAUUGCAUUCUUUACCAUAAGAGAUCCAGAAGGAAAAUACAAGGUUAACUGCUACCUGGAUGGUGAAGGUCCAUUUAGGUUAUCACCCUACAAACCAUACAACAACGAAUAUCUGCUAGAGACCACAAAACCGAUGGACUACGAGCUACAGCAGUUCUAUGAAGUAGCUGUGGUAGCCUGGAACUCAGAAGGAUUUCAUGUCAAAAGAAUCAUUAAAGUGCAACUUCUAGAUGACAAUGAUAAUGCUCCUGUUUUCCUUCAGCCCUUGAUAGAGUUAACCAUUGAAGAAAACAAUGCACCCAAUGCCUUUUUGACUAAGCUGUAUGCUACAGAUGCUGACAGUGGAGAGAGGGGCCAGGUUUCAUAUUUCCUGGGACCUGAUGCGCCUUCAUAUUUUUCCUUAGACAGUGUCACAGGAAUUCUGACAGUUUCUACUCAGCUGGACCGAGAAGAGAAAGAAAAGUAUAGGUACACAGUGAAAGCUGUUGACUGUGGAAAACCGCCCAGAGAAUCAGUAGCCACUGUGGCUCUCACAGUGUUGGAUAAAAAUGACAACAGUCCUAGGUUUAUCAACAAGGACUUCAGCUUUUUUGUGCCAGAAAACUUCCCAGGAUAUGGAGAAAUUGGUGUAAUUAGUGUGACAGAUGCUGAUGCUGGCCAAAAUGGAUGGGUUGCUCUCUCGGUGGUGAACCAGAGUGACAUUUUUGUCAUAGAUACAGGAAAGGGCAUGUUGAGAGCUAAAGUCUCUUUAGACAGGGAGCAGCAAAGCUCCUAUACUUUGUGGGUUGAAGCAGUUGAUGGGGGUGAGCCUGCCCUCUCCUCUUCCACAAAAAUCACAAUUCUUCUUCUUGAUAUCAAUGACAACCCUCCUCUUGUCUUAUUUCCUCAGUCUAAUAUGUCUUACCUAUUAGUACUGCCUUCUACUCUCCCUGGCUCCCCAGUCACAGAGGUUUAUGCUGUUGAUAAAGACACAGGCAUGAAUGCUGUAAUAGCUUACAGCAUCAUAGGAAGAAGAGGCCCCAGGCCCGAAUCCUUUAGGAUUGACCCUAAAACUGGCAACAUUACUUUGGAAGAGGCAUUGCUGCAGACAGAUUACGGACUUCAUCGCUUGCUGGUGAAAGUGAGUGACCAUGGUUAUCCCGAACCCCUCCACUCCACAGUCAUGGUGAACCUGUUUGUCAAUGAUACGGUCAGUAAUGAGAGCUACAUUGAGAGUCUUCUAAAAAAAGAACCAGAAAUUAAUAUAGAGGAGAAAGAACCACAAAUCUCCAUAGAACCAACACAUAGAAAAGUAGAAUCUGUGUCCUGUAUGCCCACAUUAGUAGUGCUGUCCGUAAUAAGCUUGGGUUCCAUCACACUAGUAACAGGGAUGGGCAUAUACAUCUGCUUACGAAAAGGGAAAAAACAUCACAGGGAAGAUGAAAAUUUGGAAGUGCAAAUCCCGCUAAAAGGAAAAAUUGACUUGCAUAUAAGAGAGAGGAAACCAAUGGAUAUUUCUAACAUUUGAUAUUUUAUUGUGGAUUUCUGCAUAGAGAUGCCUCAACUGACUUUGGAUAGCCUUCAUCACCCAAACAAGAGUGUGUUGAUGCAGAUCCAAUGAAGGACAACUAAUUUAUAACUUGUAGUAUAUUGUAAAUAGAUGUUUAUGGGUUUUUAAAUUCAAAGUCAGAGGUUAUAAAAUGUGUACAGCAUUUUUAAAUGAAAAUUAGUAAUAACAGAUAUAGAAUUGUUAUUUAUAAAAAAAAAAAAA